AUGAGUAUUUCUCGUGACUCUCGCCACAAGCGUUCACACACUGGUGCUAAGCGCGCUCAGAUCAGAAAGAAGAGAAAGUUUGAGUUGGGCCGCCAGCCUUCCAACACCAAGAUUGGUGCCAAGCGUGUCCACCCUGUCCGUGUCCGUGGUGGCAACCUCAAAUACAGAGCUCUCCGUCUUGAGUCUGGCAACUACUCUUGGGGUUCCGAAGGUGUUACCCGCAAGACCCGUGUUAUCAAGGUCGUUUACCACCCCUCUAACAACGAGUUGGUCCGCACUAACACCUUGACUCGUGCUGCUAUUGUUCAGAUUGAUGCCACCCCCUUCCGUCAAUGGUACGAGAACCACUACGCUCUCCCUCUUGGCAAGAAGAAGGGUGCUGCUGCUGCCGCCCCUGUCGAGCUUUCUAAGCCCGAGGGUGUCUCUGAGGAGGAGCUUGCUGAGCGACAAAAGACCUCCAAGGUCGAGUCUGCUCUUGAGACUCAGUUUGCUGCUGGCCGUGUCUACGCUGCCAUUUCUUCUAGACCUGGUCAGUCCGGCCGUGCUGAUGGUUACAUUCUGGAGGGUGAGGAGCUUGCUUUCUACCUUAAGAAGCUUGUUGCCAAGAAAUAA